CGGUCCCUCUCUCUCCCUCACCCGCACCUGCCAGCAGCGCUCCGGGGCCGCAGGUGCGGAAGACCGCGGAAUUCCACGCCCCACGGAGCCCGCAGCUCUGGGGAGGAGAAGCGGAGGUGCCGUCCAGUGCAGUGGCACUCCCAGGCUGAUGUUCCAGAUUGUGCCUUUUUAGCCAAGGAACAUGGAGGUAAUCCAUGGCAGGCCCUACUAUUGCAGAGAACUUGAAGGAUCUGACAUAUUGUCAAACAGCUUUUACUCUAAUGAAUUGCACACUCCACUACAAACAACUAUUCGCCCAUCUGCCUCAGAGGACAGGUAUCGGGAAUUAAGGGACUCAAUGCAACGAUGUCGGCUUCCGUGGGGUGCUGAAAGGGAAUAUGGUGGGAUAAUGCCAAUUUCACUCCCCGAAGAGCACAGGUCAAAAUAUGAACAUCCUCUCGCGAUGGGCAAAGGACAUCAGCAUUAUGGAUUUGGGGGAGACACCUGUCCAAGAAAGCUUCCUAUUGAACAAUUCUAUUAUUUGACACAAAACAAAAAAAGUGACAUCUAUGGAAAUGAUUCUUUGUUACCCAAACCACCUAAUUCAGCAGUAGGAGAGAUCUGCUCAUCAUAUCCAGUUGAACACCCCUACCAUACACACAUUCCUCGUGGUGCCACUUUCCCGACCUUCACAUCACCUAAGGACCUCUACACUGGCAUUAAAGCCCGUGCCCAGCAGCCCUUCUCUCCCACUGUGCCAACCAAGGCUUAUGAUACAACGGUUUCGAAGACAAGAGGUCAUCCUUACAGAUAUGAACUGCUUGAUUUUCCCACAGAUUCAAAGAAGAGAGCAUUGACUUGGCCAGGUCAAGGUGUAUAUUAUGACUUUCCUAAAUGUGUUGAGAAAAACAAGCCAGUAUUCUACCCAAAACCUCCUAAAACCUACGCUCCAAACUCUUCUUUAAAUUCAUGGGACCAUAUUAACUCUGCAAAAGAUGCCAACAUACAAAGAAAUCUUGAGAGGUCCCACUGGCUCACUUCAUACACUAAUGAUUUUACAGGUCUGGGGCCCAUGAACCCCCUAGAACUGGAUGAUUUCCAUGAAAAGGAGGUGGCAGACUUAACUGGACAGAUAGGAUUUGACCCAGAGCCUCAAGAAAAAUUCCAUCCUGUCUUCAAACCCUCCAGACCCUUGGAAGGACGAACUGCCAGAUCGACUCAGCACCGACGCGCUCUGCAGGCUGCCGUCCAGGAAAAGCCUGCCUGCCCGGAUUGUACCCCUAGAGUUUUGUGUAAUUUUCAUACCUUUGUACCCAGUACAGAAGUGAUGGCACUUAGAGAUAACAUGUCAGCUGGUGUGACCCAGAAAGAAAAGGAUAUUGAAAAGAAGAUCAAAGAAGAACAAUUGCUGUCUACCUAUACACGCCCAUCUUACUACCCAACAAAACAUCUAAGUAGUAUUUACAACAUAAAAUCAUUUCCGAAAGUCACAGAUACUAAAAAGACAGAAGAUUUGUACUUGAAACAGCUAUUAAAAUCCCAACCCACACAGUACUGUAAACCAAGCGAUUACAUUCGCUAUGACCAUUAUAAAUAUCCCUUACGUGAUAUGUGUCCAAACCCUGUUAACCUUAGUAAGCCUAGUAUUUUACAAAAUGAAUUGGACACAGAAGGCUUGGCUUUAGAUCAUUUUUUAAGUAAACCAGAAGAACAGUUGGGUUUGAAUAUGGAAACCUAUGAUGAAACAAAACCUAUUCUGGGCUGGAUUCCUAGAUCUGGAGUGGCCACACCUCACACCAACCUGCUGGACCUUAAGAACUGUUUUUCAAAAACUGGUGCACAAAAACGUUUCCUUAAAUCAAUUCUAGAAGACCAGAAAGACCUCAGGGAUAAUGACCAUUCAGGGAUGAGACACCAAUUCUUUGGCCAUAAUUCUCAUUAUUUCUAUAAUUGAGAUAUUCAUUCUUCCCUUCAAAACCCAGCAUCUUGCAAGUAAAGAAAAAAUAUAACAGAAUUUCCUUCAUUUUACUGGAUUCUGUUUUCUAGAUGAAGCCAUAAUGACCUUGUUAAUGAGGCUUAUGUUUUCAGGAAUUUAAGUUAGGAUCUGGUCAGAGUAACCCAGAAAAGGUGAUGUUCUGACUUCUUAAAAAAGUUUAACAAUUUGGCAAUAAAAUAUUAGAACCAGAAAAAUUUAUAGUCUUUAAUCUCAUCUUCAAAUUAUACUGCAAGGAAAAUUUUCCAAAAUCAUGAAAAGCAAUGUGUACAACAAAGUUUACAUCAUCUCACUGUUCUACCAAAACAUGAAAAUUUGUAAAAAACUCAAAUGCUUAAUAAGUAACAAACUAUAGUAGCUUAAUAAGAGAACUAUGUGAACAUUGUGCCUCUACGUAAUUGUUUACACAAAAUAACAUUAGGUAGAAAAGACAAAACUCAAACGUCCAGUUAAUUGAGGGACAGACAGCUCUGCAAACUAUGUUAUCUUAAUAAAGUAAAUACGUGGACCCUACUCCUUUAUGUAAACAUGUGGA